AUGAGUGAAGAAGACAGCGCAUCGAAAGGCCCAGAGCCUCAAAAGAAAGAAUCCAAUGGCCCUGUUGUCUCUGGACGUAUCAUCAACUGUGUGCCUCAAUUGCCGUAUAAGAUCAGUCGUAACGACAAAUACUCAGCGUCGCGCGGCGACAAUGCCUCUGAGGAAUGGAAUAUGGAGCCCAUAAGUGGCAACAGUGCUCUGUAUUCGUCGCUGUACCUUCUGCGCGACUCUCCUGACUGGGAGGAACACGUCGUUGGGUGGACCGGCGAAAUCGACCCCGGAAACGCGUUUUCUUACAUCGCGCCCACUGAUUCGCAAAAAAACACCAAAGACGCUACUGAAGACUUGAAAUACAACUCUCGGGAGCUCAACGAGGACCCUCUGUAUCUGUCAAUGGAGCAGAAACGUGUCAUGGCCGAAAAACUGCAAAAUCAGGAGGACUCGAAAAAUAGAAUGACCGUGCACCCCGUGUGGCUAUUACGCAGAGACCAGCGUCGCUGGCGUGGAUACGCUGAAAACGUAGUGUGGCCGGCAUUGCACUACAUCUUAAACGCUCCGUCGGAUGGUCAAAAGGAAAACACUUGGUGGUACGACUAUGUCAAGUUCAAUGAGGCCUACGCUGCUAAGGUGGCACAGAUCUAUAAGCCGGGUGAUAUCAUCUGGGUCCACGACUACUAUCUCAUGCUACUUCCACAGCUUUUGCGCAUGCGGUUCGGCGAUGCUGUGAUCGCGUACUUCCACCACGCGCCAUGGCCCAGUAACGAAUAUUUCAGGUGUUUGUCCAAGCGUAAACAAUUAUUGGAUGGUAUCCUAGGAAGCGAUCGUGUGUGUUUCCAAAACGACGGUUUCGCCCGCCAUUUCGUGUCGGGAUGCAAAAGACUGCUAGAUUCCACUUCUACCAAAAAUAAGACCCAAAACAAAGGAAAGGAAGAAUGGUUGAUCAGCGCCUACGGUGGUGACGUAGUGGUGGACUCUUUACCAACCGGUGUCAAUACGGAGCAAAUCUUGCAUAAUGCGUUCACAUCUGAUAUCGACGCCAAAGUCGAAACGAUCAAGGCUGCAUACGAGGGGAAAAAGAUCAUUUUCGGAAGAGACAGAUUGGAUACCGUUCGAGGCGUUGUUCAAAAGCUUCAGGCAUUUGAGGCCUUUUUGGCUAUGUACCCAGAGUGGAGGGAUAAAGUUGUUUUAAUUCAAGUGAGCAGACCAACGUCCACUGACAACGCGCUCAAGCUUGAACAGCAAGUCAACGAUCUUGUGAACUCCAUUAACUCUCAAUACGGGUCUUUGAAUUUCUCUCCGGUACAGCACUACCACAUGCGCAUCCCAGAAGACGUGUAUUACUCUUUGUUGAGGGCCGCAGAUCUUUGCCUGGUCACCAGCGUCAGAGAUGGCAUGAACACCACUGCUUUGGAAUAUGUCACAGUCAAGAGCAGAUCUUCUAAGCAAAGCUGCUACGCCAAUCCGCUAGUGCUGAGUGAGUUCUCCGGUACAAGCACCGUGCUAAAGGGCGCUCUUCUUGUAAACCCAUGGGACUCGGUUGCAGUUUCAAAGGCCAUCAAAAAUGCUUUGUCAAUGACGUCGCAAGAGAAAGCCACUUUAGAAAAAAAACUGUGGUCUAAAGUGCCAACUACACAAGAUUGGAAUGCUCGUUUUUUGAAGAGAAUGGUCGCAAUUGCUGAGAGGAAGGACUCCGACGAUAGCAAGAUCACACCUGCUUUGAACCGCCCAUUGCUGCUGCGUACGUAUCGCGCCUCGAAACGCCGUUUGUUCCUUUUCGAUUAUGACGGGACUUUAACGCCAAUUGUCCAAGAUCCGGCUGCUGCUAUUCCGAGCGCCAAGCUUUUCAAGAUUUUAUCAAAAUUGGCGUCAGACCCUAACAACCAAAUUUGGAUCAUCUCCGGAAGAGAUCAAAAAUUUUUGUCUAAAUGGCUAGGAUCGCGUAUGCCGCAGUUGGGUCUAAGUGCGGAACAUGGCUGCUUUAUGAAAGACGUAGCUUCAGAAGAUUGGGUUAAUUUGACUACAAAGGUUGACAUGUCAUGGCAAGAAAAAGUUCACGAAGUAAUGGAUCAGAUCACUGUACAAACGCCAGGAUCGUUUGUAGAGAAGAAGAAGGUUGCUGUUACAUGGCAUUACAGACGUGCUGAUCCCGAACAAGGUGAAUUCUAUGCCGCAAAGCUGAAAAAGACUCUUGACGGAUUUGCUGCUGAUUUGGGUUUGGAGGUCAUGGAGGGUAAAGCGAAUGUAGAAGUUCGUCCAAAAUUCGUCAAUAAGGGUGAAAUUGUCAAAAGACUCGUCUGGCACCCGCUGGGUGAAAAGCAAUUGUACGACGACGAUGGCUUCAAGAUUGAUGAAAGUGUACCCAAAGAUCGCUUACCAGAGUUUAUUUUGUGUCUCGGAGACGACUUUACGGAUGAGGAUAUGUUUGCACAACUGAACAGCAUUGAAAGCGUCUGGGAAAAGAAGUUUCCAGAUGACAGGAACGAAUGUGGGCAUUAUGGAUUCUAUCCUGUGACUGUCGGGUCUGCUUCGAAGAAAACGGUGGCUAAGGCUCAUUUAACAGACCCUCAGCAAGUGUUGGACACACUAGGGCUCCUAGUGGGUGAUGUUUCUCUAUUUCAGAGUGCAGGCACUGUCGACUUAGAUGAUCGUGGUCAUAUUAAAGACAGCGAGAGUAGUAUGAAAUCCGAACAAGCUGGUGUUGCUUAUAACAUGAGAAGGUCUGCUUCAUUGAAAGAUAGCACGUAG